GCUAGUCUUACCUUCCUCUGUUAGUUCUGCUCACGAACACACACUCUCUCUCUCUUUCUCUCUCUCUCUCUUGCAGGCGGAUAAAAACAAGCAAGGAAGGGAUUCGGGAUUCCAAUUGUAACGAUUAAACGCUCUGACAGGUUUUUAUUGCUAAGAUUUGAAUGAAUGAAUGUGGAUAUGGGUUAUAAUUGCUACGAUUUGAAUGAAUGAAUGAAUUUUUCUAUUUACGGAUAGCAAGAAGACAAGAAAAGGGGAGCAUCUGGGCUAAUGGCCUCCGAGAGGGAAAUUUUUAGCCUCUCGGGACCAGUAUACCUGACUGUUGAUGAUUGGAAAAACCCACACCACCGAAGAUCAGUUGCCGCCAGUUUGGUUCAGGGAGUGUACAUUCUAGAACGCGACCGCCAACAGAAUCGUCAAGGACCCCAAGCUCUUGCUCCUCCCUGGUGGGACUUCUUCCAUUUUCAGUUAAUUCGUGUGUUGGUUGACGAUGUUGAUCACUCCAUCUUCGGUGCCAUUUACGAGUUCAAAUUUCCUCCUUACUGUAACUAUUUUGUCCAAAAUCCUCCAAGAUAUGUUGUUGCCUUUCGUGGUACGAUUGCCAAACCAGACACCUGGUUGCAAGAUCUCAAGUUGGAUCGCAAGGUCAUUCAGAAUAGUCUUCAACAGAGCACUCGCUUUCAGGUUGCAAUGCAGGCUGUGCAAGACAUGGUUGCUAUAGCCGGAGCUGCGAACAUCUGGUUAGCUGGACAUUCUUUGGGUUCAGCUAUAGCACUGCUAGCUGGAAAGAAUAUGGUCAAGAUUGGAUGUUUUGUAGAAACUUAUCUCUUUAAUCCGCCAUUCCCAUCUGCCUUAAUAGAGGAAAUAAAAAACGAAAAACUGAAGCAUCGGAUACGAUUCACAAACAGUGUUGUUACAGCUGGAAUUGCUGUAGCUGUAAAUUGUCACCAUCAAAGUCCUCAAAAAGAUGACUCGUUUUCGGUAUUAUCAGGCUGGAUCCCCUACCUGUUUGUGAAUCCAUCGGAUCCUAUUUGCUACGAGUAUAUUUGGUAUUUUGAACACAGGUUAAAGAUGAUGAAGUUUUGUGACGGAUCACUUGGAAGGCUUGCAACACAGAAUUCAAUAGGAAGUCUAUUAUCAGGUGCACUGGGGAGGGAUUCAGAACCGGCACAUCUCAUUCCUUCAGCGUAUCUAACUAUUAAUUUGAGCCCCUCGGAGGAUUUUAAGAAAGCUCAUGGAAUCCACCAAUGGUGGACACCAAAUAUGCAAUGCCAGUUCAAGCUACACCAGUUCAAGUAAUUGAUGAUGUGAAAUUUUUCUUCUGGGCAAAUGUUUCCUUGAGGAACAUAUAGGCAUAACCUCAUACUUUCUUUAAUGAUGAAUUCUAAAUUCUUUUCUCCCUACUUGUUACUGUACUAUGAAUUUGAACAUGGUUUUGAGAAUCUGGACUAAUCAUUACAUACCAUAAUGAUAGUAAACUUGUGAAUCUAUUCAUUAAGCUAUUGCAUUGGAUGGAUGGUUUUUUUUU